UUUAUAAUUUAAUAGUCUAUUAAGAUAGAACACUGUGAAUAUUCCAACUAAAUUUAGUUCGCUAAGAAGACCUUGUAUGAGCCUAAACGCUGGAUGCCCGUUGCUGAUCAGCCAGCCUACAGCAGGCGAUGGAGGUGGUGACGGCAGCACACCCUGACCUCCUCCCCCCCACAUCCCCCUACACUGACCCUCCCGCCCCUCAUCAGCUCCAUCAUCAAGAUCCGUCAACGAGCGUGGAGUGCGAGAAGCAAGACGAUGACGAGGAAGAAGAGGACAUGUCGAGGAUGGAGACCGACGGUGUGUUGGAAGAAGCGUCGUCCCCUUGCGCUGCCGAAGACCCAGCAGAAGAAGAGUCUUCUGAAGUGCUCCGUGCUUACGAAGAGCACAUGGAAUGUGAUGACACCAACAGUAUGUUCAUCGACGAGGACUCUUCGUCAAGCCGCGUGUUCCCAGACAACGACACCACUUCGACAGACUCUUUGGCCGUACCACAACAGGAAGGAAGACGAAAUAAACGGAAAAACUUCCUUCCUAGGAACAUAGUUUAUAAUCCACAAGAUGAAACUUCUGAAAAUCACGACGAUGAGGUCGACCCUUCCGAAGACGGCAACAUGUGUGCGGGUGAAACCUACCUCAGCAACAGCGGAGUUACCCUGAGCAACGGAAGAGGUGGUGAUUCGCCGCUGGACUUGUCCGAGACUCCCGUUCGAAGAUCUCUACUUCCACGACGCUUUUCCCCAAUCAACAAUAUGCCUGCAGCAAAUGUGCCCAGGAGAUCCACGUCCCCUUUGAAUGGCAUGGAACACCCUAGGGUAUCUUCCCCAGUAACCGCGGAUUCUUCCAAGUACAACCCCAACCUGCCCGACUACGCCCAGCUCACCAUGCGGAGGCUGCUAGGACUCUAUGGCCUACCUCCACACCCAGACUUGUGUGCAGGUUAG